ACAGUAGUUUCUGGAACCUCAUGGUAGUACCAUGGAGAAAGUGUCUCAGCUGAAAGAUCAGGGAAACAAGGCACUGAGUGCCGGGAACAUCGAUGAAGCCGUGCGAUGUUACACCGAAGCCCUGACCCUUGACCCUUCCAAUCACGUCCUGUACAGCAACCGCUCCGCUGCCUACGCCAAGAAAGGCGACUAUGACAACGCCCUCAAAGACGCCUGCGAAACCAUCAAGAUUAAACCCGACUGGGGCAAGGGCUAUUCACGGAAGGCGGCAGCUUUGGAGUUUCUCGGACGAUUUGAGGAUGCCAAAACAACCUAUCAGGAAGGGCUGAGGAAAGAGCCAACCAAUCAGCAGCUGAAGGAGGGGCUUCAGAACAUCGAGGCUCGGUUAGCAGAGAAGAAGUUCAUGAAUCCGUUUUCCAUGCCCAAUCUGUACGAGAAGCUGGAGAACGACCCCCGGACGCGAGCUCUGCUAGCAGAUCCCAGUUACAGAGAGUUACUGGAACAGCUCCGGAACAAACCAGCUGAAAUGGGAAAGCACCUGCAGGACCCGCGGGUGAUGACCACACUGUCUGUGUUAUUGGGAAUAGACCUCGCAGGCAUGGAGGAGGAGGAGGAGCCAAGUCCACCCCCACCCCCUAAACCCAAAGAGACUCCACCCCCUCCCAAAGAGGAGGACCUCCCCGAAAACAAGAGAAAGGCACUGAAAGAGAAGGAGUUGGGAAAUGAAGCCUAUAAGAAGAAGGACUUUGCCACGGCACUCAGACACUAUGAAGAGGCACUUAAACACGACCCUACAAACAUGACCUAUCUCUCCAACCAGGCUGCGGUGUUCUUUGAGAAAGGAGAAUUUGAGAAAUGCAGGGAGCUGUGUGAGAAGGCCAUAGACGUAGGGAGAGAGAAUCGGGAAGACUACAGGCAGAUUGCUAAGGCCUAUGCCAGAAUUGGGAACUCCUACUUUAAGCAGGAGAAGUAUAAGGAGGCCAUUCAGUUCUUCAAUAAGAGUCUGACUGAACACCGCACCCCAGACGUGCUGAAGAAAUGCCAACAGGCUGAGAAGAUUUUGAAGGAGCAGGAGAAACUGGCCUAUAUCAAUCCUGAGCUGGCUCUGGAGGAGAAGAAUAAGGGUAAUGAGGCCUUCCAGAAAGGUGAUUAUCCUCUGGCUAUGAAGCAUUACAGUGAGGCCAUAAAGAGAAACCCAAACGACGCCAAACUUUUCAGCAACAGAGCUGCAUGCUACACCAAACUACUCGAGUUCCAGCUGGCUCUGAAGGACUGUGAGGAGUGUAUCAAACUGGAACCUGCCUUCAUAAAGGGAUACACACGGAAAGGAGCUGCUCUGGAGGCAAUGAAGGAUUUCUCCAAAGCCAUGGAUGCCUAUCAGAAAGCCCUGGAGCUGGACCCCAACUCUAAGGAGGCGACAGAGGGGCUCCAGCGGUGCAUGGUGAGCCAGGCGGUGCGUAACGACAGCCCAGAGGAGGUGAAGAGAAGAGCCAUGGCUGACCCUGAGGUCCAGCAGAUCAUGACUGAUCCUGCCAUGCGCAUGAUCCUCGAACAGAUGCAAAAAGACCCACAGGCACUCAGCGAACACCUGAAGAAUCCGGUCAUUGCACAGAAGAUCCAGAAACUGAUCGACGUGGGUCUCAUAGCCAUUCGGUGAUCAGAGAGAAACGCGGCCACCCGAACCAGACACGACAAGACCACAGAUCCACCAACACCAUUCCACACCAGAGGGGAAAACAACAACAACAACAACAAAAAUAACAAUAACAACGGACUCUGAUUCGCCCCUACCCAUGUCCAAACACCCUGUCCCCCUCCUUUAGCUACCACACCUGUUCAUGUGAUGUCAUUUAAGGCCUUAAUCUGAAAACCAAUAACAUACGAUGAUGAUGAUGAUGAAUAUAAUAAUUAAAAAACACGAGCAAAAUACCAUAUCAUAAAGUUACUGUACAGACAAGCACUCCUCCAUUUGAGACUUUUACACUCUCAAAGGUUCAGGGCUUUGCAGUAUUUGAAGAAAAGAAAAGACAAUGCAAAGGGAUGUGCUGUAAGGAGAGUCGAGGAGGGAGGUGUUAACGGGAGGGUUAACGGGAGUAUGACUGGCGUUUGAGGAGUGGCCCAGGGUUGAAAAUAUCUGUCACAGGUUCCCUCAGAGGCUCUGUUUUAUCAGCCAUCUGUAAAUUCAAACCAUCUUUUCACUCAAACUUUGGCAUGUUUUAAAACACAAAAGCACACAGGGAAAUAAACAGACGUUUUAAUGUGUGUGAUAGCAGAUAUGGCCUCUUUAUUUCUCUUCUUGCCUAGAAUGGACUGGGGAUUGGAAAAAAGUGGAUUUCAUCUGUAGUGAAUGUCAGACCCAAAUAUUUUCAUGCUCUAGAUUCUGUCUUCUUUCUCUGUUUUUUUUUUUCUUUUUUUGCUUUAAAAUAUAAAAUAAGACCUAGAAGGACACUUCUGAAUGGCUAAUUAGCGAUGUCAAUGUGUUUGGUUACUGUCAUGUUAUUCAGUGUUUUCACUUCAAUAAAUGCUUUGACAGACACUCUUGAGUACACAGAAAGCUUUGACUGACUAUGACUCCCUGACUUCACAGAACACUUUGACUCCCUGACAACACAAAGCACUUUGAUCGACUCUCUGACUACACAACAUUAUGACUCUGUUUACACCAAACACUUUGACUCUGUGCUGACUCUGACCACACAAAAUGUUUUGACUGACUCCCUGACUACACCACACACUUUGACUCUGUGCUGACUCUCUGACCACACCACACACUUUGACUCUGUGCUGACUCUCUGACCACACCACACACUUUGACUCUGUGCUGACUCUCUGACUACACCACACACUUUGACUCUGUGCUGACUCUCUGACCACACCAGACACUUUGACUCUGUGCUGACUCUCUGACCACACCAGACACUUUGACUCUGUGUUGACUCUCUGACCACACCAGACACUUUGACUCUGUGCUGACUCUCUGACUACACCACACACUUUGACUCUGUGCUGACUCUCUGACCACACCAGACACUUUGACUCUGUGCUGACUCUCUGACCACACCAGACACUUUGACUCUGUGCUGACUCUCUGACUAAACAAAAGCUGAUCAUUAUUCUCCAGACGUGUCUGUUGCUGCUCUUGUGCCCAGACCACCAAGGUCACGUUGACAAGUACAGUUCAUCUCUCACUGUGGAGUUUGAGGAUGAGAGAUUUCUCACGUUUUUCCUGCUUUAAUUGUUUUUGGACCAGUUUGGGUCUGUGUUCUUGCAAAGUUUGGUCUGGUUUUUGAGGUUUGAACAGUGAGUGGUUUCAUUCACUUGUACCACAGAGAUGAGAAAGCAGCCAACUGUUUUAUUUUUUGUUUGUUUGUUUUUUUUAGUCCAUACACACACUAUAAUGAUGUUAGUGAUAUUGCCAUGGAAAC